ACCUCCUGCCUGGGCUAGGGGCUCAGCAUGACUCAGGGAACCCUGAGCACACUGCCCUAGCCCUGGAGGGGUGGGCGGCUGCCUUUCCCUAGAAGAGCUGCCACCAGGCAGGGGAUCCCAGCGGUCCCUUGGCCAGCAAGCCCUGCUCCUGAGCAUCUGGCUGGCCACAGAGCCAGAGAAACGGGCGCAUCUCUCAGUCCGUGUCCAGGCUAUGCACCACAGGAGGUGGUCCCAGCUGCCCUGGAAGUCAACCAACAGCACGGAGGAUGGGGGACACGGGCAGGGAGCAGCGGACCUGAGCUGCUGCUCACGUGGAGCUCCUAGGCAGCCAUAGCCUCCGGCUCUGAGCCCCAUAGCCAGGAAAUGCUGGGGAUUUUCUGACCUCUGCCAGAUUUGGAACAAGCUCCAAGGACAUGGGACUCCAGCUUUACCUUCUACUUCUCUUCCCACAUCUGGCAGGGGCCAUCCUGGACAUCACCCUGGUCGCCAACGUGCAGAGCCGGUCCCACUCCGACUUCUUCAUCUCCUGCGUGGUGGGGGAGCACGACGUGAGCUACCUGCAGAUCGAGCGGGAGAACAAGAUCGUGAUGACUCACCCCAAAAUGAACUUCCAAAACUACCGCAACCGCAGCAACCAAGUCCAGGCCAGGGGCUUCUCCAAGGGUGACCCGGUGGGGAUCCUCUACUGUCUGGGGCACACCCCGACCGAGCAGGCCCAGGUGGUCUAUGUGCACAACAGCCACAAUGCCCACCUCUUCCCAGUGAAGGCCACACAGUCUGUGAAUGUUGCCGAGGCGGCCACCUUCUCUGCCAGGAUCCUCAAUAGGAAGGAGUCAGAUGUUAUGUGGAAAAGAAACGGCACCUACUACCAAACCACGGACCGGGGUGAGGUGCAGGAUGACCACGUUGUCCUGACACUCCCCAAUGUCAGUGUCAACGAAAGCGGUGUCUACAGUGCUGCGUUCAUGGGGGACAGCCCUCUGUGGAGUGCCUUCUACCGCCUCAUCGUGAGAGCCUGCCCUGCAAAGAAAUGGGGACCAUCCUGUGACAAGGACUGUCCCGACUGUCUGAACGGCGGCAUCUGCCACGACCACGUUGGUGAAUGCAUCUGCCCUCCAGGGUUCAUGGGCACCCGCUGUGAGAGAGCCUGCCAGGAAGGCCAGUUUGGCCGCAACUGCCAGGAGACGUGCCAGAGAGCCCAGGGCUGCCAGGGGCUGAGCUUCUGCCUUCUCGACCCCUAUGGCUGCUCCUGUGCCUCGGGCUGGAGCGGCUCCCGCUGCGACCAAGCCUGUCCCUCAGGAUUCUACGGCCCUGACUGUGCCCUGGAGUGCACCUGCCAAAAUGGAGGCAGCUGUAACCGCUUCAGUGGCUGUGUCUGCCCCGCAGGCUGGCAUGGGCAGCACUGUGAGAAGUCAGACCGGUUCCCCCAGAUCAUCCAGCUGGCCUCAGAGCUGGAGUUCAACCUGGGCUCAGAGCCCAUCAUCAGCUGUGUGGCCGUCGGCAACCCACUGCCCACCAGGGACAGCGUGGAGCUGCGCAAGGCUGACGGCACUGUCCUCAAGGUCAUCAAAACCAUCAUCGAGCCAAAGCAGAUCACCUGCGAGUUUGAGGUGCGGCACCUGACAAAGGCGGACACGGGGCUCUGGGAGUGCCGGGUCUCCACCACCGGGGGCCAGGACAGCCGGAAAGUCAAGGUCAAUAUCCGAGUGCCACCAGUGCCCUUGAGCGCCCCCCGGCUGUUGGCCAAGCAGAGUCGCCAGCUCGUGGUGUCACCUGUGGACAGCUUCUCUGGUGAUGGACCCAUCACCUCCAUCAAGCUCUUCUACAAGCCCAAGGAUGACAAUUCAGCAUGGUCAUCCAUUGUGGUCGACAACAGCGAGAACAUCACCCUCAUGAACCUCCGGCCAGUGACCGCCUACAUCGUCAAGGCGCAGCUGAGCCGGCCAGGGGCUGGUGGGGAGGGCAGCAAGGGUCCUGAAGCCAUCAUGGUGACUGACUGCCUUGAGCCCACAGUCAAACCUGUGAUCGAAGGCUGGUCCGUAGAAGAGAAAAAUAUGCUUCAUGUCACCUGGAAGUUGCCAAGCAACCAUGAGCCAGCACAUGGGUUCAUUGUCCACCUCUUUGACUCUGCAAGGCGGUUGGUCUCUGAGAAAAACAUCACAUCCAUCUCUGUGCUCUCUGCCCGCAUUGGGGGCUUGGAGUUUAACAAGGAGUACAGGCUGGAGGUGCUGGUGUACCACUGCACCAGCCUGGGGCCACCCUCUGACCCCUACAAGGUCAUGAUCAGCAGUAAAGGGCCCUCCUCCCCACAGCUGCUCUCAGCAGAGCCCGUGUCCGACACGGCGGUCAGGCUCUCCUGGCAGGUGCCCGAGUACCCCAACGGGGGCAUCACCAAGUACAUCGUGGAGCUGCAGCAGGUGGGGGGCACCAGUGAACCCCAGUGGAUCGACACCGACAGCGGCGCCGAGACCACCAAGAUCGUUGGGGGCCUCAAUGCCAGCACCAGCUACCAGUUUCGUGUCCGUGCCAACUCCCAUGUGCCAGGGGAAUGGAGCCUGCCCGUGAAAGCCAAGACCCUCGGGGACGGAGUGCUGAGUGUGCCGCCCAGCCUGGGCAGCCAGGGCACUGAGCAGGCGGGAACAGACCAGCAGCUGCUCUUGGCCAUUGUUGGCUCUGUGUCCGUCACUUGCUUCACCAUCCUCUUUGCUCUCCUGGCACUUUUCCUCAUCAAGAAGAAUUUUUUCCACCGGCGCCGCACCUUUACGUACCAGUCUGGCUCGGGGGAAGAGACCAUCCUGCAGUUCAACUCGGGGACCCUGACCCUCACGCGCCGGCCCAAGCCACAGCCUGAGCCCCUCAGCUACCCCAUCCUGGAGUGGGAAGACAUCAAGUUUGAGGACAUGAUCGGGGAGGGCAAUUUUGGGCAGGUAAUCAGGGCCAUGAUCAAAAAGGACGGCCUGAAAAUGAAUGCAGCCAUCAAGAUGCUGAAAGAGUUUGCUUCAGAGAAUGACCAUCGGGACUUUGCUGGGGAGCUGGAGGUGCUGUGCAAACUGGGCCAUCACCCCAACAUCAUCAACUUGCUGGGUGCCUGUGAGAACAAGGGCUACCUGUACAUCGCCAUUGAGUACGCUCCAUAUGGAAACCUCCUCGACUUCCUCCGCAAGAGCCGAGUCUUGGAAACCGACCCAGCCUUUGCCAAAGAGCACGGCACUGCCUCCACCCUCACAUCCCAGCAGCUCCUCCAGUUUGCUUCAGAUGUGGCCAAGGGGAUGCAGUACCUGAGUGAGAAGCAGUUCAUUCACAGGGACCUGGCAGCAAGAAACAUUCUGGUGGGAGAAAACCUGGCCUCCAAAAUUGCUGACUUUGGCCUCUCCAGAGGGGAGGAGGUCUAUGUGAAGAAGACAAUGGGCCGUUUGCCGGUUCGCUGGAUGGCCAUCGAGUCCCUCAACUACAGCGUGUACACCACCAAGAGUGAUGUGUGGUCAUUCGGUGUCCUGCUCUGGGAGAUUGUCAGCUUGGGGGGGACACCGUACUGCGGGAUGACGUGUGCCGAGCUCUAUGAGAAGCUGCCCCAGGGAUACCGCAUGGAGAAGCCGCGUAACUGCGACGACGAGGUGUACGAGCUGAUGCGGCAGUGCUGGCGGGACCGCCCCUACGAGCGCCCUCCCUUCGCCCAGAUCUCCAUGCAGCUCAUCCGCAUGCUGGAGGCCAGGAAGGCCUACGUGAACAUGGCCCUGUUCGAGAACUUCACCUACGCGGGGAUUGAUGCCACCGCCGAGGAGGCGUGAGGCUGCGUUGGCCCCAGCCUGCUGGAACAGUGCUCUGGGGACAAGGGGCUGCUCAUCCUCUCCAGGGCCAAGCAGCCAAAUCGCAGUGCCCCUUCUCAAGAGUGCCUUCCCUGCAGCGGGACUGUGCCAUCCCCUCCCUGGCAUGGUGCCAGCCACUAACAGCCCCAUACUGUUGGGACACGCUGGGGUGGCCCCCAAGGACAAGCAGCAGCAGGGCGCUGGCAGCAGAGCAGGCAGGAGAGGGCCUCCCUCAGGAGCCAAGGCACUGCCUAAGCCCACGGACACAAAUGCUUAAACUUUGGGUGAGAGGAGGAAGCAGCAAUACAGCUGCAGCCCUCGGCAUGCUCUGGGCCUGAAGUGGUGCCAGGGGUUGUGAGCAACGCUGCUGGCAUGGGAUGGGGCCACCCUGGUGGGUGCAAAAGGACAGUGUUGGCUGUGCACAGCCUCCAGCUCUGCCAUGACCCUUUGGAGAUGUCAGCUCUGCCUU